AUGGCUUCUUCAUGCUGCUGGAGAUGCGUCUCCCACGUCCGUCCUGCGUACCCGUCUCGAACGCUCGCGCUACCAUCACAGUCUGCAUCUCUUCUCCGUACGCCAACGACCGCUUCGCCUUUUCAUACCAGUGCCACUCUCAAUGCUGCCGCGCCCAAGAAAGGGAAGGGUGGCCCUCCCGGUCCUAAAUUCCGUGAAUCUCGAACCACACGAGUUGUCCGAAAAGGAAAGACUGGCAGACCCGCUAGACGUACCCCAGAGGAACGUAAAGCUUUGAGCCAUCGAAUCGUGCUAAGUAACAACAAUGCGCUGGAAGUUACUGGUAUGCAGGAUCUGAGUGUUGCGAAUAUGAGUGACCCAGAGUUUAGGGCCCAGGUCGUCGGCCUACCGAUGAACUUGGUCGAUAGAUUAAGAGCUGUCGACGCCUUUAAGAGGAGCCAGGGAUGGGGCCUGUUUCGACGACCUUGUACUGUGGUAAGGAAGGAGACCGUUCAAUUGGGCGAAUUGAUUGAGCAGAUUCACAGUAGAGAUAACGGUUCGGAGGCGGUCAUGAGCCUUGUCACUGGCGGCAGGCGUACGGGGAAGAGUGUUCAUCUGCUUCAGGCUACUACCAUGGCGUUCUUGAAGAAUUGGGUUGUCGUCACAAUUCCAGAUGCUUGGGAUCUGGUCAAUGGAACCACAGCAUAUGCUCCUCUGCCUAGCUCAGACCCCAUCAAGUACUUCCAGAAAGACGCCGUUGCGAAGCUGCUCAAACGCAUGGCUGAAGGAAACGAGGAAGUCCUUUCCCAACUCCACGUUUCCCGAGCACACCCCAAUGUCAAGGAUCCCGAGACCUCUCUCUUCGAGCUUGCGCACAUCGGUAUCCAACAGCCCGAGAUCUCCUGGUCGAUAUUCCGCUCCCUCUGGUCCGAACUUACCGCAACUGGACCCGCGAUAGACACCAAUGCUGCUAAAGGCACGCGGCCAUUCAAGGCCCGCCCACAGCUUCUAGUCACCGUCGACAACCUCUCCCACUGGAUGGCAAAGACAAGUUACUACAGCUCCGAUUAUAAGCCUAUCCAUGCCCACGACCUCACGAUUGUAGAGCACUUCCUCUCCCUGGCUCGCAUGGAGCCCAAGAAGGCCCUUCCCAACGGUGGUCUCAUCCUUUACGCAAUGUCUGGCUCGAACUCGCUGACUGUGCCUUCCCUCGAGGUGGGAAUCAAGCAGGUUGCUGCUCGACAGGCUGGCGUCGAUCCUUCUUCCCCUGAUUACCCUAUGUUGUACCAUAAGGUGGAUGAGCGUGUUGCCUCACUUUUCGCAGAGGCAAAGUCGCUGGGUUACAUGGAGCUGCGUGGUCUGCCCAAGGACGAAGCCGCCGGUCUCUUGCGGUACUAUGCACAGAGUGGACUGAUGAGAGAGCGUGUCGACGGACGGUUGGUUGGAGAGAAGUGGUCGUUGUCUUCUGGGGGGGUGGUCGGUGAGCUGGAGCUGUUGGGCCGUCGUCUACGGGCUCUUCCCAUCACGGCUCAGGAGUGA